AUGCCUUCUACGUCCACACUACGGCUUCUUCCGCUGUUUCAGCCUCUGAUAGAUUUGCAGCCUCUAACUUUGGGGACGAGUCACGCCAGUUACAACACCAUCUUGAAGUCGAGCACCAAAGCCUCGGCCUCCAGCCAAGACGUCAGCCAAGCCAAAGCCUCCCCGGGGUCCCCCUCGAAACAAAGCGUAGCCUCCAGUAACGAUUCUCUCACGUCGUCCUCCAGUAUGGCGACCGUCAAUUCGGCCUCGCUCAAGAGCCUGGACGACGAAGAUCCUACAGAAUUACCUCCGAGGAACGGCUCCAAAGCCGCCACGAAACCUCCAUUUCCACGAAGCUCAUCACAGCAGGCAUGCAGAACAAAGGCCUUCAUUCACCAUCACCAGCACGUAAGGAGUCCCUCGCCAGAUAACUCGGAGCGGCCACCCUCGGUGCCUUCUAGACUUCGCAAGCCACAGCUCAGCCCAACUACUACUCCUACAAAUAAUCUACCAGGCCCACACCGUUCGCGUCCUUCGGCCAAAUUAACGGCUCCUUCCGGACCUACCGGCGGCAAGGCUCCCGCGAGCAGUCCCACUUCUCCUCGAGGGGGUACUCGCUCCCCCCAAAAGAGUCCCAAAGUCACUCGUAAGGCAGCCGGUGCGGACGAACCGAAGCCUCGGCUCCCCGUCAAGAAAGGUCAGUCACCGGCUCGGAGAGUUCCCGCAUCGCCGCCGGCCACCACCAACGGCAUCAAAAGGCCCGUGCGAAACGCAGACAAAAAUUCCACGGCUUCGAGACUGCCCAGACUGGAUAAUUCCAGCGUGGCUCUUAAAAACAGCCUGAACCAAGAAGUCGCUCCUCUGCAGACGUCCUUGCUAAAACUCUCUCCCAAAAACAAGACGGUCAACGGCAAGACUCCAAACGGGACGGAUCCGCACGAUUCCCUGGACUCCGGCAGCUUCGAUCAAGAUUCAUUAGAAGAAGCAGAAGACAUCGAAGUGAUGCCUCCGGCGUCUAGAGAUGCCUUCCGCCGUUUUACGGGAGUGGUCAGUCAGUCCCUGAAGUCCUUGACGGAGAUGGCAGCGACCUGCACAGAAGCUCAGCGUUGUGGCGGCACCGCCACUCAAGACGAGGCAAAGUUCCAGGAGGCCAGAGAGGCUCUCACCAACGAAUCGAGACAGUUCGUAACGGCCUCGAAGUUAUUCGUCAAGUCGGCCACGGAAUCCGAAGACACGUUAUUGCAGUGUCUGUCUACGUGUAUAAAGCUGAUUCAGCGCAUGGUGGACGUGACCCAGCAGGUGGUGCGGCACACGACCACGCCUCUCCAGACUCAGAACGUGGUAGUGAAGGUGAGGGACGUGGCCACCACCUACCAGUCCACCGUCCGGGCGGCGCUGUCCGCGGCGGGCCGCGGGAUGGGCCAUCCUUCCACGAACACCCUCAUGACUCAGGCCACCAACCUCAGCGCUCUCAUGCACACGCUCAGUGUGUUCAGCCCGUGA